CUUACGUAAGGUUAUGGUUCCGUAAAGUCUUCAUGGACAAGGACCAUCGAGAUGACUUUACUUUCGCCCGACUCUCAGACUUGAAAGUUCCUGUAACCCUUCGAAUAUCGCAAUUGGAAGGAAUUCGGAAACCACGAAGCUUUACUGAAGUGCUGGAGAAUCCUGACCUCAAAUUCCACGGCGUUCAGUCCUCGACACUGUCAGAUCUCUAUGUCAUUUGUCAACUCAUCGCGGAUAACAAACCUUUAACGAUUCCGUUUCGGACGUCUUUCAAAGCUUUCAAAAAUGCUUACAUUUGGAAUGAAUGGAUAACAUUUCCAAUCCGGUAUUGCGACCUUCCACUCAGUUCUCAAAUAACGUUCACCGUCUGGGACAUCGCCGGUCCAAGGUCCGCUGCUCCUGUUGGUGGGACAACCUUUAGGCUUUUUGGGAAAAAAUGGACGUUACGUCGAGGGAAGCAUCGUCUAUUGCUUUGGCCGGGAAUUGAGGCCGAUGGCUGUGUGGAUUCUGCAACGCCGAGCAAGAUUCCUGGAGCUACGGACGAAAUGGGACGAUUAGAGAAAUUGGUCAAGAAGUAUGAACGCGGUGACCUGCCAAAAUCAGAAUGGUUGGAUAAGAUUACAUUCAGGAAAAUGGAGGAAGUUCAUGCAGCAGAAACUCAGAAAUCCGAAACCCUAUUCCUAUACAUCGACCUCCCGCGAUUUGACUUUCCAGUGAUAUUUAGUGAACCCGAAUACCUAGCCAAUCCUACUUCAAGCUCAACCCUUUCUCGGCCACCGCUACCCCCGCCCCCACCGACGCCCUCCCAGCCCGUUUCCACUUCAUUUGCCUCGGACAAUACUCAUUUAUGGAGUAUCAUCGAUCCUGAAAUUGCGCGAGAGAAUCCCGUGGAGGACAAACAUCGACGACUAGUGCGCAGUCAUCGUAGUGGUCCUUACGAUCGUGAGUUGAAGCCUAAUGCUAAAGAUAGGGAUAAUAUCGGAGAAAUUCUCAAUUACGCGCCUAGCCAGCCUCUUAGUCCCGAAGAGAAAGACCUCAUUUGGAAAUUCCGCUUCCACCUCGCUCGAGAUAAACGCGGACUCACCAAGUUUCUCAAAGCUGUUACAUGGAGAGAUCCUUCCGAAGUCAAACAAGCUGUUGAAGAACUACUGCCUCAAUGGACCGAAAUUGAUAUGGACGAUGCACUAGAACUACUUGGUCCUGGAACGGUCGACUCCCGGGUCCGGGCAUUCGCUGUUAAGCAAUUGAUGAGAGCUGAUGAUGAUGAGCUUCUGCUAUACCUUCUUCAACUCGUCCAAGCGCUUAAAUUUGAAAAUGCCGCCACCGACCAGCGCUCUUCUAGAUCGGCAACUAAUGCAAUUUCUUACGACGACAGUGGCCUGACGGAUUUUCUUGUUUCGAGAGGAGUGCAGAAUCCUUUGCUGGGUAAUCGAUUGUAUUGGUAUCUGAUGGUUGAGGUUGCAUUGGAGGACAAGGUCAUCUCGAAGAUGUUUGGGCGUGUGGUAUUUAAAUUCAUGAACAAGAUCCUAGAGAUUGAGAAUGGAUCUGAUCGACGAGAGCUACUUCGCCGGCAAGGUCAACUUGUCGAAACACUUGCCAAGCGCGCACGCGAACUUCGAACAUCGAAGGACGGGACUGGAAAGAAGAAAGAGCGUUUACAAGCUCUCUUAGCAGACUCAAAGAACAAUCUUUCAUCCAUGGCGCCCCUUCCCUUACCUCUCAAUGCCCAAAUCGAAAUUAUCGGUAUCAUUCCGGAAAAAUCCUCCGUCUUCAAAUCCGCAAUGUAUCCUCUCCUCCUAUAUUUUCAAUGCUCUGAUGGCUCAGAAUACCCCGUCAUCUUCAAAGAUGGAGAUGACAUGCGUCAAGACCAACUGGUACUGCAAAUGUUCACCCUGAUGGAUCGGUUGUUGAGACAGGAAAAUUUAGAUCUCAAGCUCACGCCGUACGCGGUGCUCGCGACUGGACCGAUGCAGGGAAUGGCACAGUUUGUGCCCAGUAAGACGAUUGCGGCGAUCGUUAGCGAGUUUGGGAAUGUGCAGUCUUACUUAAAGGCGAAUUUUCCCGAUGAAGGGAGUGUGGGCACUUGGGGGAUUGAGCCAGGGGUCAUUGAUACGUUUGUCAGGAGCUGUGCUGGUUACUGUGUUGUAACAUAUCUCCUCGGGGUUGGUGACCGACAUCUCGACAACUUGCUUGUUGCUCCAGAUGGCCACUUUUUUCAUGUUGACUUUGGCUAUAUUCUCGGACGCGACCCGAAACCUUUCCCUCCAGCCGUCAAAGUCUGCAAGGAGAUGGUCGAUGGCAUGGGUGGAACUCAGUCCAGCCACUACAUGCGCUUCAAGUCCUUCUGCUUUACCGCAUUCACCAUUCUCCGCAAAAGUGCAAAUCUCAUACUCAACCUGGUUGUGCUCAUGGUUGACGCUAAUAUACCGGAUAUCAAUAAACACCGAGACGUACAGGAGCAGAUACAGGAAAAGUUUCGGUUGGAUUUGACGGAGGAAGAGGCGAUAAAGCAUUUUGAGAUGCUACUUAAUGAGACAAGUUAUUUCACUGUGAUGUUGGAUAGGAUACAUGAUCUUACGCAGCAGUAUUGGCGUACUUAAAUGGUCGACCAUUGCUUCAAAUGUGUAUACUAUUCAGAUUGUAUGCAUAUCUAGAUGUGGGCAUUGUUUAUGGGUUCGUAAAAACACAAUUUUGGUGAA